AUGACUGCAAAGGUUUAUGUCGGGAAUCUGGCUUCGAAUACAACGGACGACACCUUACGGGGAGCAUGUUCCCAAUUUGGAGGUGUUCUUGACUCGAUUGUUAUGCGUGAUCGCGACACAGGUCGGAGCAGAGGCUUUGGCUUCGUUACCUUUAGUUCCAGCCAAGAGUCUUCAUCUGCAAUCGAUGGGCUUAAUGACACCGAUCUUGACGGUCACCGUAUCAUAGUCUGUUUAGCUAAUUCUCGCCCUGGUGGUCGUAAUAGUGGUGGUGGUGGUGGCUAUGGUAGUGGUGGCUAUGGUGGUAGUGGUGGUGGCUAUGGUGGUAGUGGUGGUGGCUAUGGUGGUAGUGGUGGUGGCUAUGGUGGUAGUGGUGGUGGCUAUGGUGGUAGUGGUGGUGGCUUUGGUGGUGGCUACUAA